AUGGCCCAAACCAAGGAUAUCACCCUCCUCCACUUUAACGACGUGGUUGCACGCUUCGCAUCCAUCCUGGCCAAUCCACGAUACCUCACUCGUGAUGUCUCUGCCCCCGAUUACCAGCUUCGGCUAUUCAGCGGCGACGCUUUCUCCCCAUCUCUAGAGGCGUCCGUCCUUCGUGGUGAGCAUAUACCGACGAUUCUCAAUACCAUGAACAUUGAUGUUGCUUGCUAUGGGAACCAUGACUUCGAUUUUGGCGAAGACCGCCUAGUUGAACUAUCCAAAGUCACCAAGUUUCCCUAG